UGUCAAGUAACCAGAACCCAGUAACGUCUCUUUUACAUCGUUCAUGAGUAACAGUGCAAAAUGCAACUCAUUUUUUAUAGUCGAAUUUCUAGUUGGUCAAGCAAUAAAGUCCACCAAAUCUUUGUGUAAAUUGUAAAAACACCCCCAGAAUUUUACGGCUUAAGCGUACUGUUAAACUCAGUAUUUCAAUACUCGCUGCAGUUUUUCCAAUCAAACAUUUUAUCAAAAGAAAAGAAAGAGAAAACAAACAAAUCGAAAAUGAACCGUGGGUCACAAGAAAGCCUCAAUUCUCAAGAAAAACAACCGCUUCUCCAACAAUCGUCUCCAGAACGCACAGCAGUGACAGAACCUUUGGUUUGCUUCAGCAUUAAUGUUCUAGAAACAGGAGAAGAAGAGAUCAUUGGUGAAGUAGAGGAUUUUGAAGCUACAUGUCAAAGCAACAUUGGCGAUGAAGCCAAAUAUCACAAUGAAACUUCAGAACAAAAACUAUUACCUCUAGAACCCCCUCAAGCACACAGACCGAUUUCAAAUUGUGAAACGAUGGUUCAUCUACUAAAAGGAAAUAUAGGCACAGGGAUUUUUGCCAUGCCAGAUGCAUUCAAAAAUGCUGGUUUGGUGGUUGGUUCAAUUGGGAUACCUCUCAUGGCUGUCAUAUGUGUCCACUGCAUGCACAUCUUGGUAAAAUGUGCAGCAGUCAUGAAAAGAAGGAAAGGUGAUCACUUCAUGGACUAUGCAGAUGUAGUAGAAACUGCUUGUCAAACAGGGCCAGCCAAGCUUGUCCCAUACAGUAAUUUUGGCAGGAAGCUGAUCAAUCUUUUCCUGUGUAUUACACAAUUUGGCUUUUGCUGUGUGUACAUUGUUUUUGCAGCCACCAAUUUCGAACAGGUUGUUGCCCACUAUUUUCCAAGUGCCGCACUGGAUAUUCGAUCUUACAUGGCUAUUAUGAUGGUUUUUUUGAUCCCACUCUGCUGGAUUCGUAAAUUAAAAUACCUCUCGCCCGUUUCCCUCCUUGCAAACAUUCUACAAACAAGUAGCCUCGUCCUCAUCUUCUACUACAUUCUUCAAGAUUUACCCAACGUCUCAUCGCGGCCUGCAUUUGGAUCGUGGAAAACCCUCCCCCUAUAUUUUGGCACAGCGGUGUUCGCGUUUGAGGGAAUAUCGCUAGUGUUGCCAUUACAAAAAGACAUGAGGACGCCAAAACAAUUCGAGGGACUAACAGGAGUUUUGAAUACCGGAAUGGUUACAGUAUCAGUACUCUAUUUUGCAGUUGGAUUUUACGGCUAUCUCAAAUACGGUGAAGUCGUCAAAGGAUCCAUUACCCUCAAUCUUCCAUCAGAAGACUUAUUGGCACAAUUGGUAAAACUGAUGAUGGUGUUGGCCAUUCUCGGAAGUUAUGCAGUACAGUUUUACGUCCCAAUGGAAAUCAUUUGGCCAAGCCUAUCUACGUAUUUCCAAAAUGGUCCAUACCAACUGAUUGCCGAGUACACAUUCAGGACCGUUUUAGUCUUAGUAACUUUAUGCCUAGCGGCUGCCAUUCCAAAACUGGAUCUCUUCAUUUCGUUGGUGGGAGCAUUUAGCAGUUCGUUUUUGGCUCUAGUAUUCCCCCCCGUUCUGGAACUAAUCACCUAUUGGCCGAAUGUGGGACGUUGGACAAUGGCCAAAAACGCUUUAAUCAUUGUCUUCGGUAUUAUCGGAUUUUUAGCUGGGACGUAUGCCAGUGUCGAGUCUUUGGUAGAUGCUUUCUCCACAUAAUUUAGACUCCUGGCGCUCCUUUCUAUCUCAUUCUCGGUGUCCUAAUUGCCUUGUUGUAUCCUUCCUCAAUGUGCUUAGCAUGACUUUUAGACGCGUCCGGCCCUUUUAACUGCCUCGAUUUGAUCAGUGAAAGCGGUUUGUAUAUCCAUAUCAAUAAAUAUCGUCGGUGGUA